CCAUCACCCCCCCCCUGCCUGAUUUUUCCACCGGCAACGAUGCAGAGGAAACACACUGAAGCUAACGUCAAACUCCACACAAGGGUUAACCUCAGUUAUUAAUUUUAUAUUUAUUUCUACUUUAAUAAUCCUGGAGCUGCGGGAAUGGUGUCGCCUGCUGAAGCCGGAUAAUCAGACGCAGAGAUCGGGUGGCAGGGAAGGCUAGCUGGCUGGAGUUACAGCCAGGAGUCUUGGGUUGAAUCUUGGCCUCCUUGCAGGAUUUCAUCGGGAUUUUUGUGGAUGUUUUGGGGGGUCUUUGAGGUGGUUUCUCUCUAUUGUAGUGGUGGACUGUACUGGCUUUAGGGGCGCUCGGUCCUUGAUGCCCGGGAGGCCCGAAGGAGCUCAGACUGCGGAGCCCCGGAGCAGGGCUUGGACACCGGGGAAGUACCGUUUACAUUAGAGGAGGUGUUUGUCUGUCUGUCUGUCGAAUUGAACCCCGGCGAGCCUUGAGCCCCUCCCACCAUGAACCCUCUGAACCAAAUGAAGGCUGGACUGACUAACAACCCACACAGUGAGGGUUCGUACCAAUAUGACUCUUCCAGCUGGCAGCAGCCCACCAAUCAGCCAACAGGAUCUCUCUCCGUGGUAACAACCGUCUGGGGAGUAACCAAUCCUUCGGGCAGUCAGGGUAUGGGUGGAGGGGUGAUGGGGCCUGGAGUCAACCCAGGCGGGGGGCCCAUGAUGCAGGGCCCCGGGGGUCCGGGCAUGGCCGGCGGUCACGGAGGCUAUAUGGGUCAGCAGGGCUACGGAGAGCCAAGCAAAGGCUACAUGAACCAGGGGAUGUACGGCCGGACAACUGGGGGAUACGCUGGAGGACCGGGGGGAUACACAGGGAGUUACCAGUCAAACCCCAACGGCUCCAGAGGUUCUGCUGACUUCACUCAGGCUGCUGCUGCCGCUGCUGUUGCUGCAGCUGCUGCCACGGCAACUGCCACAGCCACGGCAACCGUUGCCGCCAUUCAGGAGAAACAAAACCAGGAAAUGAAUUACGGACAGAUGGGAGGUCAGGCCUACAACAACCAGUUCAUGGCCCACUCGGGCCCCCGUGGCCCCCCUGGCAUGGCCCCCGGAGGUAUGGGCCCAGGGCAUGGGCCCACUAGAGGCUCUCCCUCAAUGGGCCCCAUGUACGGACCUGUAGGCGGCCCCCAGAGGGUCCCUCAGCACUCUCAGCACCCUCAGCACCCUCAGCACCCAAACUACGGCCCCGGUCUACAGCAGGGCCACUUGAGGCCCCCACAGGGCCUCAAACGGUCGUACAACUCUGAGUCUUUCCCAGGAAUGUCUCAGCAGUACGGCGUUCCAGUUGGUCCAGGUGUGAACGUGAUGUCAGGUCCUGGUGGUGGCGGCGGUUCAAUUCCAGGAUCAGGUGGAGGCGGUCACGCCGGCCCCGGUCCCUACACCAGCCCCAACAUGCAGUACCAUCCAGGUCCAGGCCAUGUCCCCCAGCGCUCCGGCUCCUCCCCCUCUUAUCAAACCCAUAAGAUGCCCCUCCCACAAUAUCCCCCUUCAGGACCCCCCAACCCACAGUACUACAAGCAGGAGCAGUUUAAUGGUCAGGGUGGAGGUUUGAACACUCUGACAACAGGGGGCGCUGGUGGUGCAUACAACUCCUUCAACCAACCUUCUGGGCCUGGUCGAGGGUUGCCAGGUUACCCCUCCUCCCCGGUUCCUGGAAACCCGACCCCUCCCAUCACCCCCAGCAGCUCCAUGGCCCCGCCCUACAUGUCGCCCGGUAACAGUGACGUCAAGCCGCCGCCCUCUUCCUUCCUGCCUGACAUCAAACCCAACAUGGCUGGCUUGCCCCCGCCUCCUCCUACUGGUAACCCUAGCGAUGACCUGCGGCUGACCUUCCCAGUGCGUGACGGUGUGGUUCUAGAGCCCUUCAGAUUAGAGCACAACCUGGCUGUCAGCAACCAUGUCUUCCAGCUGAGAGACUCCGUCUACAAAACUCUUAUCAUGAGACCAGACCUGGAGCUCCAGUUUAAGUGUUACCACCACGAGGAUCGACAGAUGAACACCAACUGGCCUGCCUCCGUCCAGGUGAGUGUGAACGCGACUCCUCUCACCAUUGAGCGAGGUGACAACAAAACUUCCCAUAAGCCUUUGUACCUGAAGCAAGUCUGUCAACCAGGAAGGAACACCAUCCAGAUCACCGUCACCGCCUGCUGCUGCUCUCACCUGUUUGUCCUCCAGCUGGUUCAUCGUCCGUCGGUCCGUUCAGUGCUUCAGGGUCUGAUGAAGAAGAGGCUGCUGCCUGCAGAGCAUUGUGUCACCAAGAUAAAGAGGAACUUCAGCAGCGGUUCAAUCCCUGGAACUCCGGGGUUAAACGGAGAGGACGGCGUGGAGCAGACCGCCAUCAGAGUCUCGUUGAAAUGUCCGAUUACUUUCCGCCGCAUCCAGCUGCCCUCCAGAGGUCACGAUUGCAGACACAUACAGUGUUUUGAUCUGGAGUCAUACCUGCAGCUCAACUGUGAGAGAGGAACAUGGAGAUGCCCUGUGUGCAAUAAAACAGCUCUGUUGGAGGGUCUUGAAGUGGAUCAAUACAUGUUGGGAAUCCUAAUCUACGUUCAGAAUUCGGAGUACGAGGAGAUCACCAUCGACCCGGUGUGCAGCUGGAAGCCGGUUCCUGUGAAACCGGACAUCCAUGUGAAGGAGGAGUCGGACGGCCCAGUGUUGAAGCGCUGUCGAACCCUUAGCCCAAGUCAUAUGGUCCUGCCCAGUGUCAUGGAGAUGAUUGCAUCACUAGGUCCCGCCUCCUCAUCAGCUACCUCCCCAAUGCCCUACCCCCCCCUACCUGCAGGGGGCAACAAUAACAGCAAUACACCGGACUACCCUGGACCAGCUCCGUCCUAUCCCAGUCAGUCUGCUGCUUUCUCAGACUUCAGUGGUCCUGGGACUCCGGGGGUUGGGGGGGACUUCUCGUCCCCCGGUCCUCCUCCUCUCUCCUACCAGUCUGAGCUUUCCAGUGCCCUCCUCACCCCCGACAAACCUCCCCCACACCCUCUGGCUGGACAGAUGUCAGUCUCAGGCCGACUGGACUCCACUUCACAUGGUGCUUCUCUAUCCCAGCAGCAGUCACAGGGUCACCACGGCAACUCCCAAAUGGGGUCGGGCCACCAGAUGAUGCAGCGUAGCAACCAGAACCCCCGCCUCCAAGGCGACGGCUCCUUUGGCCUUGGGUCUGGGGAGGUUCCUGAACCUUCUCUGGACUUGCUUCCGGAGUUGACCAACCCAGACGAGUUGCUGUCGUACCUUGGACCUCCGGAUCUCCCGAACAACAACAACGACGACCUGCUGUCCCUGUUCGAGAACAACUGAACACCUCCAGAAUUUAAACAGAACUUUACUGUAAGAUAUGAACUCUUUUUCUCCUCGCCCGCCAAUAUGACCAGCGGUCCAACAUGACCGCCGUCUGCACAGGAUGGAGCGAACGAUAAGAAGGAAACAAAAAACAACAAACAACCAUUUUUACAUAUGAAAAACUCUUUAAUGUUUGACGAUGACGGUAACUUUAUUUUAUUGUUUUUUUAAUCCUCUGAAACUGUAUUUUGAUGCUUCAUUCUUCAUUCCCCGUCAUGGUUCAAAGAAAGCCAUUCAGAAUAUUUAAACUUGGUGUUGACCACACAGCUGCUUUAAACACACACACACACACACACACACACACACACAGUAACUGCUGGGCUAAUCAUUCAUUAGCUGUUACACUUUUUCUUUCUUCCAGACAGCCAUCAAGUUUGAGGUCAUUUCUAUGAAAAUGCAGAGAGACGAUUCGUCAGUUUUAUUUAGAUCAAAGCCGCAAUGGCGAGACAUAAAUGUAAUUUGUAGUUAAUGAAACGUGUGGUCCUUUAAAGCCAGAAUAUUUCUGGACCAAAUAAGUUUAAAUUGUAAAUGAUAUAAAUCGUAGAAGAUGAGCUUUAAAGGGGCAGUCUGCAUCUGUUCUUACAGACAUGAUGCUUUUUGUUUUCACCUGCGAUAUUUGGAGACACUGAAGUCUAACUGACAAGAACUGUUAAGUCCAGAAAAUGUCUUGGGAAGAGACAAAGAUGCACCAUAUACACUCAGCCACAGUGUCUCAUGGAGGGUCGAAACUUUUCCUACCGUGGAUUAUAUUAUUGUUCUCUAGGAGUUGAGGUUUGAUUUUAAACAGAACUACACAUAAUGAAUCUGUUGAGUUGAGUGUUUUUUUAGUUGUUAUUCUUAUUUGUAAGAUUAUGUGGUAAUAAUAUUUUAGUAGAACAACAAUUUAUCUUAUAAGUGACUUAACAACACAACAAAUCAUUGGAUGUGUUUUUAACUGUUUCUGAACCUCAGAAACAGUUGACCACCAUGCAACAUGUCAGCCUCCUGGGACAAAAAAUGGUGGCCGCUAAAAGAUGGGAACUGUUUAUGUACCGCCCAACCAACCAGUAGAGCUGCUUGUUGUAGCUACAGUCUUAGUUGAAUGUGACGUCUUAAAACAUCUUGUUUUGUUCGACCAACAGCCCAAAACUCAAAUAUCAGUUAACUGUGAAAUAAAAAAGAAAAUCUAAGACGUUGGAAGAAUUGGAAUCAGAAAGUUGGGAAUUUUUCCACUAUUUUUGCUUAAAUGCCUGACUGUUUUUUCGUGUCCUCUCACUGUUGUGCAAAUUAAACUACCAAAUUGUUUCUCGUCUGCACCAGAGACAGAAAUACCCUUUACUAACUGCUGAGAUAGGAAAAUAUCUGCUCAUUAGAAAGAGUUCCCCCCUUAAGAGCUUAGUAAUAUUUUGUUUGCAAGCCUGCCACGUUAUUCUUCUUCUUGUCUUACCUAACAGCUUCUGGUGCAUUCCCACCCUCUGCCCAGCAGCAUACAUGUCCUGCACUGGGACUUGACAAUAGAUUGUUUGGAGGGCAAAUGAAUGGGCCUCCAAUUCUCAUGUUACCACAGCAACCCAUGCAGAUAUAGUUUGGUGAUGUCUGAUUACAUGCAAAUAACAGUGUUACGGUUAUCUUAAAUGUUUACUUACAGGAACAAAGUAUACUCCCAAUGGGACGCAUACACAACAGCUGUGGACCACCAUCAUCAUUGAAAGAGAGCAAAUGAAGGAUCCUUAAAAGUCGGUCAGACACGGAGCGUGUUAACAUGUGCACUAGUAUCCUGUUUGGAUCAAGUUUGUUUUAAAUAGUUUUUAAGUAUCCCGUUUAUCUGUUGCAUGUAAACAUCAGAUCCUGGGUUCGGAACCUGGGAUAAGCUAUCUGAAGUCCUCUGAUAGAAACCAGGGCCCUGUGUUGUCUAAACCCCUGAUCGGGUUUCUGAUCAUUCUGUGAUGUUACAGAAAAUCGAGGCCGACAUGGUGAGACAUCAAGACCAUCUAAUACCUAGAUACUGUUAUGAUCACGUGAAUAGUGAGUGCGAUCAAUAACCAGGUUUCUCAUGUUCCAUGUAAAUAUCCCGAAUAUGAUCAAAAACAGGAAGGGUGCAGUUUGAAUGGGUCAUAACAAUCUGACCGUUGGCUGAUCGGUUACAUUUCUGGCAGGCCUGAUUUCCAACAUGGCUGCCGUCAAAAGAGCUGCUAUAAGCUGUAGUCAGCUGGAGGCUCAUGGUGGAAUAACAUUUUGCUAAAAUUAAUUUAUUUGUACAUUAGCUUUAAACAAAGAGAUUCAAAGUGGUUUACAUAAGACAGGAAACAAGACAUACAGUCAGUAUGAAAAGACAAAUAGGAUUUAAAACAAAUGAAAAUAGACACAACUUGAAGUACAUGUGGCUGAGUGUAAAUGAGUGUAUUAAACCAUAUCUGGAUUUUAUCAGAUAUGAGGAACUUCAUAUGAAAGUUACCCAACUCAUGAAACCAGUUUUUGCAACGUGUCACUUUAAUGUGAACUCUGUUGCUUUUUACAAGGAAGGUUGUGGUCGUCUUCGCUCUUGCAGGCGCAAGCCUUUUAGUGGGGUUUUAACUCACUCCCACCCUCCUCUGAGAACAAAGAUGGACUACAGCAACUUUUUAAACAGGAGAAGAAAAAGAUGUGACAAAAAAGAACCUGCUGUGGGAUGCUUGAAAAAAAUUGCCCUGAGAUCUCAGAGCUCGAUCAACACCAGUUUGUAUAUGUGAUAAUUACACAGGGUUCAUCUUAAUCCUCCUCCUCAUUAUUCUGUAUGUUGUGAAGUGACUAGAGUCCAGACAGUUGUGGUGUCUCCUGGAAAAAAAAAAAAUCUACAUGAUCACACUGUAUGAUUCAGUAAUGAUGCUAAUAACAAUAAUAACCUUUGUAAUUUAAUAAACACUGGAAAGGC